GGCGCGUACACCCGCGGGCAGCUCCGCGGGGCACCGCGGUCGCUAGGACCGCUGCCGCCGCCGCCGCCUCUGCUGUUGUCGGCGGGUUCACCGCGACCGCGCACCGCUGGGUCGGGUCGGACCGGACCGGACCGUCCUCCGCCGGAGCCGAGGCGCCGCCGCAGAUGUGGGGCUGCCGCCGCGGCAGCUCGCAGGGCCGCCACUGCCGAGUAUGUAUGACCAACUGCCCUACGCUGAUUGUCAUGGUGGGUCUCCCUGCAAGAGGAAAAACCUACAUCUCGAAGAAGCUGACACGCUAUUUAAAUUGGAUUGGAGUGCCUACGAAAGAAUUUAAUGUUGGUCAGUAUCGUCGAGAUCUGGUGAAAAAGUAUAAGUCUUUCGAAUUCUUCCUGCCUGACAAUGAAGAAGGAUUGAAAAUCAGAAAACAGUGUGCCUUAGCAGCGCUGAAUGAUGUCCGACAGUACCUCAGUGAAGAAAACGGGCACGUAGCUGUCUUUGAUGCUACAAACACAACUCGAGAACGCAGAGAAACUAUUUACAAAUUUAGUGAAGAAAAUGGAUAUAAGACCUUUUUUGUUGAAUCAGUGUGUGUGGAUCCAGAGGUCAUCGCUGCAAAUAUUGUGCAAGUGAAGCUGGGUAGUCCUGACUAUGUUGAUUGUAGUAAUGAGGAAGCAACAGAAGACUUCAUGAAAAGAAUAGAGUGCUACAAGAACACCUACGAGACAUUGGAUGAAAAUCUUGACAAGGAUCUUUCGUAUAUUAAAAUCAUGGAUGUUGGAAGAAGUUACCUUGUGAACAGAGUCAUGGAUCACAUUCAGAGCCGGAUUGUCUACUACCUCAUGAAUAUCCAUGUGACUCCUCGGUCAAUCUACCUCUGCCGACAUGGAGAAAGUGAACUCAAUCUGAAAGGGAGAAUAGGAGGAGACCCUGGCCUGUCUGUCAGGGGAAAGGAAUUUGCCAAAUGCUUGGCACAAUUUAUUAACGAGCAAAAUAUCAAAGAUCUGAAAGUUUGGACCAGCCAGAUGAAAAGGACAAUUCAGACUGCAGAAGCCUUGGGAGUGCCUUAUGAGCAGUGGAAGGUUUUGAACGAGAUAGAUGCAGGAGUGUGUGAAGAAAUGACAUAUGAAGAAAUACAGGAAAACUAUCCACUUGAGUUUGCACUAAGAGACCAGGACAAAUACAGAUACAGAUACCCGAAAGGGGAGUCCUACGAAGAUCUUGUUCAGAGACUGGAGCCAGUAAUUAUGGAACUUGAAAGGCAGGAAAAUGUGCUUGUCAUAUGUCACCAAGCUGUCAUGCGAUGUUUGCUUGCAUAUUUUCUUGACAAGCCUGCAGAACAACUGCCUUACCUGAAGUGCCCGCUGCACACUGUCUUAAAGCUAACCCCGGUGGCUUAUGGAUGUAAAGUAGAAUCUAUAUUUCUGAAUGUUGAAGCUGUAAACACACACAGAGAUAAACCUGAGAAUGUAGGCGUGGAUCGCUCCAGAGAAGAAGCUUUGAGGACAGUACCUAACCACCUAUAGCUCCAGUCCCCAGGGCAGCAGCCCUUCCUCCUGCGAGUGCGUGAAGCAGCGGCUCAGGUCCGGCAGAGCGGAGAAGGCAUCGCUGAGCGCCGGGCUGGAACGACCGCGCCUCCGCCUUCGCUGUACGACCUCUGGAAUGUGAGUCAGCUCCUCUGGAGAACACCUGUAGUUGUGGAUAACUCCCAGUGCCGAAAGGUAUCAGUAAAAAACAUUUAAGGGAAGCAGAGUAGAGUUGGGUUUUAGGCUUUUCGUAUGUAAAUUUGUGCAGUUUCAGUGGUUUUUAUUGUUCAUCUGUGGAUACUGCAAGAUGGUCAAUUGCCUGCGUCAGUUUUACUGUCAGAUUUUAACUAGCCUUUACUUUCUUUUUCUAAGUGUUUUUGUAAGAGUUCCUCCUAUUUUUACUGUGAAUGAAUGCCUAGAAUUACACGGAGGUGAUUUUUUUGAUGGCAUAUUUAACAUAGGUGAAAUUCUGCCUGUUGAGCAUUGAAGGCUUCAUCUUGCAGAAACUACUUUAAGGGAGAAACCUGUCAGCUCUGACAGCUUCUGUGUGGUUUACAUUGAGCUUCGAUUUGCCUGCCACGACUUACUUUUCUGAAAUGGGAGGGGACCUUCCCUUUGGAAAAUAAAAGCAUUAAAGCUAGAUUCACUACCUGAAAGAUUCUACUAGUCUAGUAAGAUUUUAACAUUUCCUAGGGGCCAGCUGCAUUUUGGAGGGCAGUGGAAGACACAAGGAGUAAGUGGGGGCCAUGAGUGUGAGUCUAUCUGGCAGCCUAGGUACUGAAGGAGAGAGACAUGUCCUUUCUCCUGCAGUUACAGGAGGAGAUAACCAGCUUUUAUGAGCCUGGAAGGGAGGAGAAAAGGAUUCAGACUGUCAGGGGCUGGAGAAGCUACUUGUCUUACUAGUGCUGUGGUUUUUAAAUUUAUUAUUUUUUAGUCGAUUUUGGGAGUGAAUUUCAAGGUAAAAGUGUGUAGUCCUCUUUUAUAGCCACAUUUAAUACCUACCCCAGGAAACAGUCCAGAAAGGUUAGGUGGCAUUUAACCGUUUGGACAGCUCAUGCAAGAAAAGCACCAGGUAAACUCUAAAGUGGUUUUUAAGAUGGCACACCUGCCUUGGGGUUUUCUUUGCUGCUUUUUUUCUAUACCUUGUGAAACUCCAGUGCUAAAAAUGAGAUUUUUCUAUCUCUGUUGAUGCCACGACCUUCAAACUGUGCUAAUUUAAUGUGUCUUUUCUGUGUGUGCUACCAGACAACUGAAGUGAGCUGCCAGCACUGCUGCUGGCUCCCAAGUUCUGAAAGGAGAACUGUUCUUUGGUAGUAGGCAUGUGGUUUUUCUAAGGACUCCUCUUCAGCUGUUAAUAACCAUGUAUAGCAUUGGAGUUGUUUGGUUGGUUUUGCUUUUUCCCAGUUCCUGUAUGAAAUACCAGGCCCUCAUAACAGAAUGUUGCAGGCAAGGGCUAGAUUGUCUUUUGUUUGUGCAGGGUUUAGGAAAUAAUGUGCUGCUGGUGUGAUUUGUUUGUUUGUAAUAAGCUAAUUUCAGCAAUAUAUUCAGCUCUGGAAGUAAGCCAUACUGUAUUGCUGGGCUCUGUUUUGGAGGGACACGUAGGGUGCAGAAUGACCACAAGCGCUUCAAGCGCUGCUGCCUAAAGCUUUGUGUGUGUGUGUGAGUGGGAUCCACACAUCUGGCACUGCCUGUGUCACAUUUCUAUUAAUCCAGAUGUGGCUCUAUGAGGAGAGAGGCUGCUUAGAGAAGUUAAUUUAUUGAUGCAUAGUUACCAAGGCCACUUUGGUGGUGGAAGUGUAGCAGCAAUCCGUUUCCCCUCCUGGUUUGAUGUGUUCAGUGAGGGACAGCCAGGCUGUGCUGCAGGCAGCCCUUGCUCCUCUGGGCCUCCACCAUCCAUCCAGGCCCAAGCCCUGUUAAAUGGCUUUCAACUGAGAAGGGUAGGGUUCAUCUACAGUUACAGAGGGCAAAUCCCAGAAGGCUGUGUCAGAAGAGCAGGGUAAUUUUUACCAUCACACUGUGGUACCUGGUUGCAGAGAUGCGGUGGAAGGAAGGGUUUCCCCCAGUGAGGGCUGAGCCCAAAGACUGCUUUUCUUCACUGGCACUCACAGCUUGAGAGGUCUCUCCUCUCUCCCUCCCUUAGUUUUACCUCUCUCAACUUCCAGAGGUGCUGUAAAAAUCCUAAGGCUAAAUGUUUUAUGUACAGUAGGUAUUUUUAUAGCCUGCUUGAAUAUACUGUGAUGAGUGUUUUAUGCAGUUGGGUGUGCAGUAAAAAGAAAUGUAUACAAGUGUAAAUAAACUGUUAAGCUGAUACUUGAAGAGUUAAAAAAAGAAGAAAUUGUCUGUUCAGCUCUAGGAAGGUACAAAAUCUGGCUGCAUCUGGCCCUUUUGAGCUGGCAAGAAGGAGAAUGUAGAUUUGAAGCAUGUGGUUGGUUCUGUCCAGGGUGAAGGCAUUGUUAAGAAUUGCAGAUUAGUGUAACUGUCUAAAAGCUGCAUCAGCCCCCAUUUCUGGCAGAACUGUCACUGACAGGGGAGGGGGAGCCCUUCUCCUCCUGACCUUGUGUGUUCGUAGCCAUGUCAUGUUACUGCCUCCUGACAGUUAAUGCCCUCGCUAGUUCAGAUGCAGGCUCUCCAGUGGGAUUAAACUGUCUUGUCUUACCUUGUUGGCCUUCAUCAUAAUCUGUCAGACAAAUGUAAUAAUUUGACCUUUGAUCCAAGUAAUAAAGAUCAAAUGCUAUAA